GGCAUUUCUCUCCUCUCGAGCUGUCACGCUGACAGCUUGAGAGGAGAAGAGAGCCGGGCACUGAUGAUCAGUGUGGCCCCAGAAGUGCCACCUGUCAGUGCCCAUCAGUGCCACGUGCCAGUGCCCAUCAGUGCCACGUGCCAGUGCCCAUCAGUGCCACGUGCCAGUGCAUACCAGUGCACAUCAAUGCCACAUAGUGCCCAUCUGAGCUGCCUUUCAAUGUCACCCAUCAGUGCCAGUCAGUGCCACCUAUCAAUGCCAAUCAGUGCCACCUAUCAGUGCUGCCAAUCAGUG